CCCACCUGCACAUAAAAGCCAAGUGCAUGCUACCAGCAGCUGAUCAGAGCACUUUCUCAGUCCUCCACUGUUUUGAACCAGUGAUCUUCUCUCCUUGGAUCUUGUACACUCAAGGAAAGGAAGAAAAUGCAGAUUGUCAGAACCCUUCACAUUUAGUACCCACAUUAUUAUGAUCUCUUCACUACUGGAUGUUGAGUCUGGAUAGCAGAACUGCUACAGCAAAGUAUUCUCCUAUUAAGCUGAGGGACCAACUUAAAAUCAACAAAAUAACACCGGGCCUUACACAGACAGGAAACCUAGGUCUCUUACAGUGAAAAGCAAACAAGCUGUCCUUCUUCUGCCCUGUCCUGAUAUCUAAAUGUGAUGGCCGUGCUGCUGGUCCCCAUGCAGCUGCUGGCGGUGGCUGUCACCAUUUACCUGCAGCUGGUGAGGUCCACUCAGGGCGGCGUCUAUUAUGGCAUCAAGCAACUGCCACCCCAGGUGCCCCAGUACCAAGCCCUCGGACAACAAGUACCUCACAUGCCGCUGGGCAAAGAAGGCAUCCCGAUGCAGCACAUGGGCAAGGAGGUGCCGCACAUGCAGUACGGGAAGGAGUAUCCCCACCUGCCUCAGUACAUGAAGGAGGUCCCACAGGUGCCUCUGCUUGGCAAAGACAUGGCUCCCAAGAAAGAAAAAGAAAUGCCUGUGCGCAGCUUGAGGGGUGAGCAAGGUCCCCCUGGUGAGCCUGGACCAAGAGGGCCACCAGGGCCACCAGGAUUACCAGGUCAUGGCGUGCCAGGAGCCAAAGGAAAACCAGGUCCACAAGGAUAUCCAGGAAUUGGGAAGCCGGGUUUGCCAGGGAUGCCUGGGAAACCAGGGGUGAUGGGGCCACCAGGGCCAAGAGGGGAGAUGGGACCGAAGGGGGAGGUUGGGCCCAUGGGCAUACCGGGGCCACAGGGACCACCGGGACCUCAUGGACUUCCAGGAAUAGGGAAAGCAGGAGCUCCAGGUCUGCAGGGACAGCCAGGACCUAAGGGUGAACCUGGGAUGAAGGGUCCCCCAGGGGCCCCUGGGAUCCCUGGUCCAAAAGGGGAGAAGGGUGUUGGGAUCCCAGGUUUGCCAGGACUGAAGGGCCCGCCUGGGCUGCCCGGCCCCCCUGGCCCUGUGGGUCUGCCAGGAGUUGGCAAGCCGGGGAUGGUAGGGUUCCCCGGCCCACAGGGUCCCCUGGGCAAGCCCGGCCCACCAGGUGAGCUGGGGCCACAGGGACCCCCAGGGGUCCCUGGGAUGCAAGGCCCUCCUGGCGUGCCUGGUGUUGGCAAACCUGGCCAAGAUGGCAUCCCUGGCCAGCCGGGCUUCCCGGGUGGCAAAGGGGAGCAAGGCUUGCCAGGCUUGCCAGGGCCCCCAGGCCUCCCUGGGGUUGGGAAGCCGGGCUUCCCCGGGCCUAAAGGUGAGCGCGGGGUGGGUGGCCUGCCCGGCCCCCUGGGGCCCAAGGGGGAAAAAGGGCACGCGGGGCCACCCGGCAUGGGGGGGCCUCCGGGAGAGCCAGGCCAACCAGGCCUGCCAGGCAUCAUGGGUCCCCCUGGUGCUGCAGGCUUCCCAGGACCCAAAGGAGAAGGCGGCGCCGUGGGGCCACCAGGACCAGUGGGCCCCAAGGGUGAACCCGGCUUGCAGGGGUUCCCCGGGAAGCCAGGUUUCCCCGGGGAAGUGGGAGCCCCUGGGCUGCGGGGGCUGCCAGGCCCCACAGGGCCCAAGGGGGAAGCCGGGCACAAGGGCUUGCCUGGGCUGCCGGGCGUCCCAGGUCUCGUGGGGCCAAAGGGCGAGCCAGGGCUGCCUGGUGCCCAGGGGCUUCAGGGCCCAUCAGGGAUCCCAGGCAUUGCGGGGCCAAGUGGCCCCAUCGGCCCCCCAGGACUGCCUGGGGCCAAGGGGGAACCUGGCCUGCCUGGCCCCCCUGGCUUCCCUGGUGUGGGCAAACCUGGGGCUGCCGGGCUGCAGGGGCCCCCAGGAAAGCCUGGGGCACUUGGACCCCCUGGCCAGCCCGGCCUCCAGGGUCCCCCCGGCCCUCCUGGGCCACCUGGCCCCCCAGUGAUCAUCCCCCCAACUCCGCCAGCCGUGGGACAGUACCUGCCCGAGGUGGGGCCAGGGAUAGAUGGCGUCAAGCCCCCUUAUGGCUACGCGGGCAAGAAGGGCAAGGCCGCCGGUGCCGUCUACGAGAUGCCCGCAUUCACAGCGGAGCUCCUCACUCCCUUUCCCCGGGUUGGCGUGCCCGUGAAGUUUGACAAACUCCUCUACAAUGGCCGGCAGAACUACAACCCUGCGACAGGGAUCUUCACCUGCGAGAUCCCUGGGAUCUACUAUUUCGCCUACCAUGUUCACUGUAAAGGGGCCAGUGUGUGGGUGGCUUUGUUCAAGAACAACGAGCCGCUGAUGUACACCUACGAUGAGUACAAGAAGGGCUUCCUGGACCAAGCUUCUGGGAGUGCCGUCGUUCAGCUGAUGCACGGAGACAAGGUUUACGUUCAAAUGCCAUCUGAACAGGCAGCAGGACUCUAUGCUGGGCAAUACGUUCAUUCGUCUUUUUCAGGAUAUUUAUUGUAUCCCAUGUAAAAACAAAAACCAGACAGUCACACACACACACACAAAUCUAAACCUUUCUUCUCCGCUUAAAACUCCUAUACCAUGAAAGAUGCAUUUAAUGACUGUUUCGGACCAUCUUGUACAAAAAAAAAUUAAUACAACAUUUGACAUUAUGCACAGCUAGAUAUAAAAAAAAAAAAGUGUGGUGAACAUAUUUAAAGGUGUGUAUCAGGUUCAUAAACAGUCGUUUUGCACCCAAGGGGGACAUAUUAGCUGUACAUUAUAUAUUUCUGUGACGGCAUGCUUCAUUUCAUUCACAAUAAUGCAAUACUAAGGUUCAAAUCAGUUCA